AUGGCUGAGACAGACGAGAAGAAUGCCUCGCAGUCGCCUGUGUCCUCCAUCAGGGGCGAGACGCUGGUCGAGAGCGAGGAAGCGCCCCAGGAAGGCUACUCCUUCAUAGGGAUGCUUUUCAUUCUCCUGGCCCUGAUUCUAUGCGUGUUCUUGGUCUCCCUCGACCAGACAAUCGUGGCAACCGCCAUCCCAAAAAUCACGGACGAGUUCAAGGGGCUGGACCUUGUGGGCUGGUACGCCAGCGGCUUCUUCAUCACCAUUGGAAGCUUCCAGUCGACCUUCGGCAAGAUCUACAAGGUCUUCCCGCUCAAGGCGGGCUUCAUGCUGGCAAUCGUGGUGUUCGAGGUUGGCAGUCUCCUGUGCGGUGUCGCGCCCAACAGCACCGCGCUGAUCUUUGGACGUGCCAUUGCCGGCAUGGGAGCUGCCGGUCUGGGCUCUGGCGCGUACACCAUCAUCGCUUAUUGUGCGCCGCCGAGCAAGCGUCCGGCCUACACGGGGCUGUUGGGUGCUUCAUAUGGCAUUGCAUCGGUGGUAGGGCCAUUGUUGGGAGGGGUGUUUGCAGAGAAAGUAUCCUGGAGAUGGUGCUUCUACAUCAACCUCCCCAUUGGUGGCGUGUCUGCGGCUAUUAUACUCUUCACCUUCAAGGCCCCUAAGCGUGCCACGCCGGAGAAAAUCCCCCUCAGGCAGAAGUUUCUUCAGAUGGAUUUCCCUGGCACCUUGAUUAUCAUGGCAGCGAUAGUUUGUUACGUCCUCGUAUUUCAGUGGGGCGGACAGACCAAAUCCUGGAAGAACUCGGACGUCAUCGGCACCCUCGUCGGCGGCGCACUUCUUGUAAUCGUCUUCAUCGUCCUCGCCGCCUUCCAAGGCGAGCGCAGCAUCAUUCCCCCGCGUCUGUUCAAGAAACGCUACAUCUGGAGCAGCAUGGCCUUCAUGUUUUUCUUCGGCGGCAGCUGGUUCGUGGUGCUGUACUACCUCCCCAUCUACUUCCAGGUAGUGUCAGGUGUGUCGGCCUCACAGAGCGGCGUGCGCAACCUCCCCCUGAUCAUCAGCCUUGUAAUCACGACCAUCAUGACCGGGGGUCUAAUCUCCGUCAAUGGACACUACCUCUCAUGGUUGUUCCUCUCGGGCGUGCUCAGCACCGUCGGCUCAGGCCUGAUCUACACGUUGGACAUCGGCUCGUCAUCCGGCCACUGGAUCGGCUACCAGAUCGUUGCGGGCGUAGGGUUUGGCGCGGGCGUGCAGCUGCCCAUUAUCGUUGGCCAGGCACUCAGCGAGCCCGGAGACAUCACCACAUCGACGGCCUUGAUGUUGUUCGCCCAGACCAUUGGCGGGGCAUUGUUAGUAGGUGCCGCCGGGGCUGCGUAUACCAACACGUUGCUGCGCAAACUGCCCAUCACCGCUCCCACCGUCGACCCGCAGGUCGUCGUCAACAUUGGGGCGACCCAGAUCCGAGAGGUGUUCACGCCUGAGCAGGUGCCGGGAAUCAUCCAGGCUGAGAUGGACGGGGUGCAUGUGGCGUUUGCAUUGGCCAUUGCUUGUGCGGGAAUAGCGGCGCUGGCAACCCUGGGCGCCCAGAGGACGAACCUAAAGGGGAAGGGGCCGAGCGUAGGAGGAGCUGUGUAA